AUGGGCGUGCUCGAGCGAGAGUCCUUGGAUCAGACGACGUUACAGAGUUACGAAACUCGUGAAGUGAUCGAUUGUGUUGACAUCUACAAGCAACCCGCCUUUGAUCAUCCGCUUCUCAAGAAUCAUACCAUACAGAUGAAACCAAGCUCAAAUCUGAAAGCGAAUGGAUCGAGAUCUGUGGAAGGUGUGCUCAAUCAAGCUUGGCGGAAAUAUGGUGAAUGCCCUGAGGGAACGAUCCCCAUCAUAAGACCACAAAGCCAUACCAAUCGUCAUGUUAUACGGUCGAAUCCACACUUGAAGCGGCUUAACAAGAGCCGACUUGGAAAACCAUUGGAUGACCAUGAAUAUGCUAUAAUAUUUACCGAGGGCAGCUUCUUGGGAGCUCAUGCAACAAUUAAUGUGUGGAAUCCUGUGGUAUUGGAUCCAGAAGCCACCUACUCUCAAAUUUGGCUCUCAGCAGGGCCCCCAGAGAAGCAGAACACCAUAGAGGCCGGAUAUAUGGUCCAACCAGCUUCCUUUCCCAAGGAGGCAAAGACUUUCAUAUAUUGGACCAGUGAUGGCUAUAUGAAUACUGGAUGCUACAAUCUCGUGUGCCCUGGAUUCGUGCAAACAAGUAACAAGAUUGCUCUAGGCAGUGUGCUUCAACCAGUUUCUACUUAUGGUGGACAACAACAUCACAUUACUAUAGACAUAGAGAAGGAUCCAAGUCUCGGACGGUGGUCGCUGCGCAUUCAAGAUGUGGAUGUAGGAUACUGGCCCCAAGAUCUCUUCACUUUUCUAAAGGUUGUCCCUGCUGAUACAGUUAGCUGGGGCGGAGAGGUAGUGAAUUUAGGACAGGAUGGUCGUCAUACGUCGACGCAAAUGGGGAGCGGCCAUUUACCUUCUGAAGGCUUUUUUGGAAAGGCGUCCUUUUUCCGCCAUGUUUCAAUCGUCGACGGCGGUUCCACUGGGAGAGACCCGGAGAAUCUCCAGAAGCAAGUGACGAAACCCGGAUGUUAUGACUUAGUUAUCAACGAGGCCGAGCGAAGUCAACUUGGAGUCAAUUUCUAUUAUGGGGGCCCUGGAUAUUCAGCUCAGUGUGAAAAAUAG